AUGGUCAACGGACAAAGAGAUUCCACAUCUUCUCAAACCGGCGACGACGACAACGAAGAAGAAGAGGAGGAAAUCAUUCUUGAAGAACCUGAAUUAGGUGAAGAAGAAUAUAACGUUGAAUACAUUGUAGAUUCAAGAUUCAGACCUAUCAAAGGAGCAUACGUUCUUGAGUAUUUAAUUCAUUGGGAAGGAUACGAUCAUUCUGAAGAUUCUUGGACACCAGCUACUCAAUUUGACGACGACGAUCCACCCGUUCUUGAAUUUUACGAGAAACAUCCAGACGCAGCUAGAGUAGGAACUGUUCCAUUGAAGAAAAGUCCCGUGAAGAACGGUGAUAUACGAAAUUUCUUUAGUAUGCCUCCUAAGAAAGAAAAGGUUUUCGGAAGUAUUGAUAUGAAUCGGGUAAAAGAACAAGGGAGGAAAGAAAAAGAGUUGAAAAGGAUGAAAAAGGAAAGAAAGGAAAAGGAACUCAAGAAGAAAAAGAAGAGAAAUGAGAAUGAUGAUGAUGAUGGUAGUGAUUUCGUAAUGGAUGUUAAUAUGGUUGAAGAUGAUGAUUUUAAAAUGAGUGCGGAAGAAUCUGAAGUUGAAGGUGAUGUGGAAGAAGAAGAUGAUGAUUUAGAAUCUGUUGGUGGUAUCAAAGGUUUAGGACAAGAUGCAGAGAUAAAGGCUGCAAUUAAGAACCUAAGCGAAGAUCUACCUCCUAUGAAUGAUAUAGAGUUGAUGUUUGAUCAUAUGGUUUCAAGAGUACCUGAUGUCGUCAAAUUAGUCCAACAUCUCAACGGUCGGAAGCUACGAGUAGCCACCAUGUGCUCAGGCACGGAAUCUCCUUUACUAGCUUUGAACAUGAUCGCCAAAGCUAUCAAAAAACAACAUGGUCUCACCCUUUCUUUCGAUCACGUCUUCUCAUGCGAAAUCGAACCUUUCAAACAAGCAUACAUCGAACGAAACUUUGCUCCUCCUAUUUUAUUCCGCGACGUCACUGAAUUAGGAAAGAAAAGAGCUCAUACGGCUUACGGAUCACUUGCUGCCGUACCUGGUAAUGUCGAUUUACUCAUUGCUGGAACUUCAUGUGUCGAUUAUUCUAAUUUAAACAAUCAACAACAAGAUAUUGAAGCGAACGGGGAAUCUGGUAGGACAUUUCGUGGGAUGUUACAAUGGGUCAAAAAACAUCAACCUCCUGUGGUCAUUUUGGAGAAUGUUUGUAAUGCUCCGUGGGAUAAGGUUGUGGAAUAUUUCGCUCAGAUCGAUUAUGAUGCUCAAUACGCUCGCCUUGAUACCAAGGAAUUUUACAUACCCCAUACCCGUACCCGAGUCUACCUCUUCGCCACCCCUAUGGCCAACGCCGAGAAGCACCUGUCAGAGAAGUGGGCGGCCACAGUGAAAGCCAUGCGUCGACCUUGGUCCGCCCCUUUCGAAGCCUUUCUUCUCCACACCGACGACACUCACAUCCACCGAGCCCGUCUCGACCUCGCCAGUGCCAAGGAACACAAAGAUGGCACUCAACGAAAAGCGACCGAUUGGAACCGAUGUGAAUCCAGACAUCAGCGUGCUCGUCAAGAGGAAAAGCUGGGUCUGCUUCGUCCUCUCACCGCAUGGACCGAAGCUGGUGUUUGCAAAGGUUUGGAUUGGACAUGGAACGAUUGGCUUCUCUCACAAACUGAACGUGUCGUUGAUCUUCUUGAAAUUUCUACUUUGCGCAUGGCCAAAGAAGGUGUUGAUUCGGGCUACAAAGCGUGUAUCUGGAACGUCAGUCAAAACGUUGAUCGACAAACUCAAUCUGCCAAGACCGCCCUUGCGCCAUGUCUCACACCCAACAUGAUUCCCUGGGUGACCAACCGAGGAGGACCUGUUACUGGCCGGGAAGCUUUGGCUCUUCAGGGGAUUCCCGUUAGAGAACUUCUGUUGACGAGCGAGAACGAGGAUCAACUGGCGGAUUUGGCGGGUAACGCGAUGACUACUACAGUUGUAGGGGCGUCUAUGCUGGCAGCAUUGAAAGUUGCUUUGUCAAAGAUCGUCAAGGGCGAAGAUGCAGCGGGAGAUGCGGCGAGAAUUGAGGAAGAUGCUUCUGUUGUCGAUUCCGACGUUGCGGGACGUAUCAUCGGUGAAGACAAACUCAAAGUUCAUGCUCUCGACUUGGCUAAGGUGACUCCUGCCAAUUUGUCUGAAAUCCUCGAUCUUGCCGAACGAAGUUCUAGACAUUGUCAAUGUGAAGGGCAAUCGGGUACUGCGGCGCCUAUCAUACAAUGCACCGUCUGUGGAUACAGAGCGUGUAAGUCUUGUGGUGGAAGACCGGAUCAUCAAUACGUUCCUUGUCCCAACAUCCGUGUGGAACCUGGGGAAUUCGAAAAACGUUUCAAAGAACUUUUACCGAUGCGAGUACAAGUCGCCGGACUUUCCCAAGAAGUACUCGAAUCCACUCGGUCUAAAGCGGAGAAGAAAGGGAAAGGUUCCGUUCAAGAUAAAGAUUGGACGUUAUGGAGUAAAGCCGUUUUGGGUGGAGUGAACGGAGCCGAAUUUCGUUUCCGUUAUCUCAAAAGACAAUUCACUUGGACGGCAGUAUACGAAGCACCUAAUGCCACUCUUGAUUUAUUCCUCGAUACCAAACGACCCGAAUGGCGACUCACCAUCAAAGCUCCUGCUAGUGAACCUGUCAAUUCUCGUCUUCGUGCUCUUGUCUUACAUCCUGUAGCUCGACUACGCUUCGAUUUAUCCGGACAAGACGUUUUGUGUGGUCGUUGGGAAUUAUGUCUACCAUCUCAACAUACAAUACCCAUUGAUAUCCGAGGGAAAGGAGAGUUGGUACCUUCAUGGGCUGCGUCGUUGGGUUUGCAAGGUGAAUUCGAAGGUACACAAAGAUGGUCGCAAUUAGAAGUUACUGUUCCCGAAGAAGCCGCUCAAGUACUGGAUCGUAAACUUUCAGGAACUUAUACUCUUUUACUUAAAUGCGGACAAGCUAUGGGUUCACUUCACAAGAAAGUUGAAGACGAAUCGGAUCAAGGUCUUCAACCUUUGUUUUUCUUCUUUGACCCCUCACGGUGUGGAGAAGCAGAGGACGACUUUUACGUUUUCUCCACUACGAUAGAGAGGUUAGACUUUGGAACGGAACGUGCUGUUAUCGCUACUCUCGAGCCCAAAUGGCGUGAAUCGGCAAGACCACACGACAGGGUCAAAUUACAGAUCCGUGGUGCUUGGGUUAAAUGUUCGGCUGCUCACAUGGAAGCUGUAGGAGGGGGAGAAAUCGCCGUUGAAUCUGGAAACGAUGACAACAGACGGGAUAGGGCGACCUAUGCCACUCCACCUUCUCCGGCAAGUAUCUCUGAUACAUUGAAGAACGACGGAUGUGAUCAUGCGUCUGCUCUAUUGACUUGUAGGGUGCCUUUAGAUCCAAAACACUCGGAAAGUAUGUGGCGAGAAGGGAAAUGGGGAGAAGUGGAUCUACUUCAUCAAGGAAACACCACAUUCGCCAAUUUAGCUUGGAUCACCGAACGGAUACCUCCUCUCGAUGGGGUCAGUCAAUGGACUAGAUUGUCAAGUGUGGAUGCAUCAGGAGCUGCAUGUAGUCGAUGUGCACCUCGUCCACCUAAAAUCCAUUGGAUCAAGAGAUUAGGCAAGUUGAACAAGAAUGGUGGAAAGACAAAAUCAACCAUUGUGGCUUUUGAAGAUAAACUUGAAGCUGGUCGAUACGAACAUGCUUUGAAAACUCGUCCUUCUCCAUUCGUCGUACAACUUCGUCUUGAUAAUGACGUCGGUUCUUUCCGUAUAGGACUUAACAUUGUUUCUCUCGUUCAUCGUGCUUUAUCCCGACUUCCUAUCAAUCAAAACAAAGGAGAAAUCCACCUGUCCUGGCGAUUAACCCCUGGUCAAGUUGCCGAUGUCCCAACACCACCUCGAGUCUUCAUUCUUCCUUCGAACAAGAAAGAUCCUCAACAUGGUCAACCACGUACAUUCAGAUUACCAUUAAGAAAAGAACAAUUACGAUCUCUUUGGUGGAUGCUUGAACAAGAAAAAGCCGUUGGGAAAACACAUACUUUUGUUGAAGAAGAAAUUUCCGAAGCUGCUUUACCUUCUCUUGGUUGGAGAGCAGAAGGAAAAGCGGAAAGACCAGUGAUGAUUCGUGGUGGUGUUAUUGCCGAUCAAGUAGGAUAUGGAAAAACAAUCAUCUCUUUAGCUCUAAUCGCUGAAUCUAAACCUUUACCCGCUCCUGAACCUUCACCAAAAGGUUUGAUAGAUCUAAAAGGUACUCUCAUCGUCGUUCCUGGUCAUUUAAGUAAACAAUGGCCUAGCGAGAUUACCAGAUUCACAGGAAAAGCAUUCACAACUAUCGUCAUUCAGAAUAUGAGAGAUUUACAAUCAAGAACCAUUUCAGAAUUAUCAAGAGCGGAUAUAAUCGUAAUAGCUUCUGAAUUAUUCGAAUCGGAUGCUUAUUGGGAAAGGUUUGAAUAUCUUUCUGCUCAACCUGAAGAUUGGUUGAAUGAUAAGAAUGGAGGAAGGUUCUUUGCGGAUAGGUUCGAAACUGCCAUGAGUUCAUUAAGAACACAAACUGCCGUUUUGGAAGAUGAAGGAGCUGAAAAAGUGGAAGAAAAUGCAGAGAAAAUGCAUAAGAUCGCAAAAGAGGAGGCGGAGAAUAAAAGGGAUGCUCAUAAAUCUGCGAAUUAUGGAAAGAGGAAGAAAGGACAAGCUUAUAGGGAUAGGUUUGAUACUACUUUGAAAGGGAAGAAGGAUACUACGGAAGACAUUGAGAAAUGGGAAGCUUCGGAUGAUGAGAGUGAGGAAGAACAGGAAAAAGUACCCAUUCCAACGUUUAGGAAAGCUUCGGGUACUGCAUCGUUUUCGAGUUCGGCGGUGAGGAAGGAUUUCAGGUUGUUGUCUGCGCCUGUCAUGCACAUGUUCCGAUUCCGCCGAGUCAUCGCGGAUGAAUUCACCUACCUUGACAAAAAGUCCCUCGCCGCUCUUCUUCGUCUCUCGUCAUGCUACAAAUGGGUCCUCUCUGGUACUCCCCCUGUCAGCGAUUUCCCUGCCAUCCGAAGUAUUGCCGCCUUCAUGGGUAUCCAUCUUGGUGUGGAAGAUGAUGCAGAGGGUAGCGCUUCAUCCCAAAAAGCCAGGGCAAAGGAACAAACUCAGGCGGAGAAGUUCCAUGCGUUCAGAGAAAUUCACUCCUCUGCGUGGCAUAGACGAAGGGACGAUUUGGCUCAAGAAUUCUUGAAUGUGUUUGUGAGACAAAACAUUGCCGAGAUUGAUGAUAUCCCCACGGUGGAACAUGUACACGAAGUCAAAUUGCCCGCUUCUGAAGGUGCCGUAUAUCUCGAGUUGGAACAUCAUUUGCAAGCUUUGGAGAUGCAAGCACGAAAAGAAACAAAGUUCAAAAACGUUUCACAAGGUGAUCGAAACGCCCGUCUGGAAGAAGCCCUUGCAGAUUCCAAAACUGCAGAAGAAGCACUGCUCAAACGUUGCUGUCAUUUCACUCUAGAUCUCACGGACAAGAAAAGAGAUGCCAGAUCUGCUCAAGAAGCGUGCGAUCAUAUUUCCGGCGCACGGUCGUCUCAAUUAGAAGGCUGCGAGAGAGAUCUCACCGCUUCUGUCAACACCGCCGUCGGUCUUCAUUUAUAUAUCCGGAGGAAAGGUUUCUUCGGUAAGAAUGAUGAUGAUCGACAACACUUCAAAGAAUUUGUCGACUUUUCUUUUGAUCAAACUCAACAUUUGGGAGACAAAGAAGCUGCUCAACGGCUCAUUCAUGUAUUGGAAAAGUGUGGAUUCAAAGAAGGAGGUGUUUUCCCUACCGAAACGGCAGAUGGUAAAGCUCCAAAGUUGGAAAAAGGUGCAAAAGUUGAAGAUGUCAAAUGGCAAUUACGAGAACAAACUCAUUUACUUCGUCGUCUGGCAAAAGAACUCGUCGCCCGUGUGAGAAGUUUACGAUUUUUCGACGUAGUACGAAAACUUCAAAAAGCUGGCGAAGCGGCAAAAACCGUACUUGAAUCUUCGACUUGUCCUCACAAACCUUCGACCCAUCCAAACGUCGAAAUGGCCGUUUUAUCAUGUUGUGGUCAUGUGGCAUGUUUCCAAUGUAUGUCACAUGCUGCCGACUCACAGAAAUGUGUCAAUGGUACCAAUUGUGGUGCAGCAGUCCGACAUACGAACAUUGUCAAAGUUUCAUCAUUAGGAAUAGAAGGAGAAUUAUCUUCAGGUAGAUAUGGAGCGAAACUUCAACGUCUUGUCGAUCUAAUCCAUUCAAUCUCUUCAAGAGAUCGUAUUCUCGUCUUUCUACAAUGGGAAGAUUUAGCUUCGAAAGUUUCAGAAGCUUUGACAGCUGGUAAGAUACCUCAUGAGACUUUAUCUGGGAGUGUCAAAUCUCGUGCCAACACAUUAGACAAAUUCCAAAAUUCCGACGUUGAAUCAGCUCGGGUAUUGUUACUCAAAAUGAACGAUGCUAGUGCCGCAGGAUCGAAUUUGACAACUGCGAAUCACGCCAUUUUCCUCGGUCCAUUAUUCACCAACUCUCUUCUCAAUUAUAGAGCUGUGGAAACUCAGGCGAUAGGACGAGUGAGAAGAUAUGGACAACAAAAGAAGGUACAUAUUCAUCGUCUUCUGGCUUUGGAUACGAUAGAUAUCACCAUUUUCAAUACUCGUACGGCGGAAUUGGCAGCGAAACCGGAUUAUGAACCUUUACCUCGAGGUCCUAUGGUAAUUGAUGAUGAUGAUAUGGGAGAGGUAUUGGGAGAAGGGAAGAGGAGGAAGAGGGAUGGGGAAGUUAAUGGAGAUGGAGAGGUUGAUGAUGUGAGUGAUGAACUGGAAGUAAGACCAAGAAAGAAGCCAAAGAAAGUAGAGGUGGUCGUAUACACCAGAAGUCCGGAGAAAGUUGGAUUUGGUCAGGAGGCGUUCAUGGUUCUGAGUGAUGACGAGUGA